AUGGAAAAUCAAAGCCAAGUGACUGAGUUCAUUCUCUUGGGACUUACACAAAUUCCAGGUGUUCAGAAAAUCAUAAUUAUUAUAUUUUUGCUGGUCUAUCUUGCAACUCUUGGGGGAAAUUUGUUUAUUGUGCUGACCAUUAUUAGCAGCCCCUCACUCUUUGCAUCCCCCAUGUACUUCUUUUUGGCUUUCCUGUCCUUUUUGGAUGCAUGUUUCUCCUCAGUUAUUGUUCCCAAAGUCAUUGUUGAUUCAUUUUAUGAGAAGAAAACCAUCUCCUAUGAAGGCUGCAUGACUCAGGUUUUCGCAGAACAUUUUUUUGGUGGUGCUGAGGUGAUUGUCCUUACUGCCAUGGCCUAUGACCGGUAUGUGGCCAUUUGCAAACCUCUACACUAUGUGACCAUUAUGAGCAGGCGUUUAUGUUUACUACUUGCAGGGGUGGCCUGGGCAGGAGGAUUCUUGCACUCUAUCAUCCAAAUGUUCUUCAUUUUACCAUUACCAUUUUGUGGCCCUAACACAAUCAAUCAUUUCUUAUGUGAUUUGUAUCCUUUGCUGGAACUAGCCUGUACUGAUACACAUGACCUUGGACUUAUGGUAGUAGCCAAUAGUGGGUUCAUGUGUAUUUUGAUUUUCUCCCUCUUACUUGUCUCUUAUGGAGUUAUCCUAUAUACCUUGCGGACAUAUAGCACAGAAGGACGACGCAAAGCCCUCUCCACUUGUAGUUCCCAUAUCACAGUUGUACUAAUGUUGUUUGUUCCAUGCAUUUUUGAAUAUGCAAGACCUCCCACCACUUUCUCCUUUGAUAAGAUGUUGGAAAUAUUUUACACUAUUCUGACACCUUUGUUAAACCCCUUCAUCUAUACAUUUAGAAAUAUGGAGGUAAAAAAUGCCAUGAGAAGACUGUGUUGUCAGAAAACAUUUUCUAUUAAAAAAUAA